CGACCUGCAACAUGGGGUCCAUAGAUGCCCAUUCUCGUAGGAGUCAGCAACAGCAAAGCUCUUCUCUGCACUGUUUUUAUCUGCAGAAAAACUCGCCAUUGGUGGCUUCCCCUCUAAAUCCUGCCCUCAGCAACCCAACCGACAACGACCGCUUCGCUAGCCAACCGAAAUCCCCUGGAUGCUGCGCAAUCACGCCCAUCCAGAAUAGUCACACAACGGACAAUCCUCAUGCAGAACAUGCCCUUCCGAAAGCACUGAUCACAGUGCAGACUUCUUCCUAUCCGUUGCCGGCAUAUGCUGGCCUAUGGCGCUUUGACGGUGAAGCCCUCGAUCACCAUCCAUCACUCUACAUAUACUCUCCUAACCGCCGCUACACUUCACUCCCUUUUUCUCGUGAUGCUUUUGCUCUUUUCUGUCGUGCACCCAUUCUGAUUACAAGCGAUUUCUUAUCUCAUGCCCAUAUCAUCAUACCCAGCGUUGCAAUUCAUUACAUAGAAACCACCGGCAACGGUACCGCUACAAUUGUAGCAAUCCUCUCGCUCACAGAUACCCCACCCUACAGAGACCAGCAGUAUGGUACGUUCGAUAAGCCCCUUAAGGAUCUUGUUGGUGGUGGGUCGAGUACUAACAACCACAACAGUCUGCAAUGUCACCAAUGCACUUCGACCAUAGGUCGAGGGUCGAAAUGUUCCAAAAGUCCCAGGCCACAGAUUCAUAUUUCAACAUGAAGGCGCUGGCGUCGCAGAAAGAGCGGCCAGUGUCAGAAGCUACUGAAAUGUUCGAUACGGACUUUGAAGAUGAUGAUAGUGAUGUCGAAGAGAACUCACCGCGGCUGAGUGUAAACUCGGUAAGUCAAAGUCAUCGCAUUUGAUGUCGCAUCUGCUGAUGAUUGGAAAGACGGGAAGAAGAAGUGAAACUACAUUAUCCUCUUUUGAAGAAGUACGAACGCCAGACUCGAACGAAUUUAGAGGAUUUAAUUUGGAUUUAUCGAUGCCCAAGAAACCGGUAGAAGGACCACGAGGACCUCACCUAUUCCGAAGCUCAAUAGAUUCCUCUCUCGGUUCAGACGACCAGUACGUUUUAGCCAUGUCUCCAAUGACACCUAGACCCUCGAGUACACAAAGAGCAGCAUUAGACGCACCCCGAGUUCCACAGAUACCACAACAACAUCGCCACCUGAGCUCUCUAACUGGUGCUGUCGGGCAUCUAAAUGAGCGCGAAGUAGCAUCGUGGACACCAACAGAAGUCGCAAAUUGGAUGGCCGAUGCUGGAUUUGAUCCAUCCAUUGUUGAAAAGUUUGAGGAAAACGAUAUAUCCGGUGCCAUUUUAAUUACGUUAAAGUUUGAAGACUUGAGAGAGCUUGAUAUUCAAUCUUUUGGGCAGCGAACAAAAGUGUGGAACGAGAUACAUGUUCUAAGAGGUAGUGCUCCUAGCACACCAAAGCCACCAACUCCUUUUGAGGAAGUGUCAUCUCCAUGUAUUGAAUCCCGUCGACCAUCAAGACAGGAUUCUCGUAAUGGACGAGAAAAACUGCGAGUGGAUUUCGUAUCAGACGAUCGCCCGAGUCGUACGACAUCGCGAAGACGGCUACCAAAGAGAGAUGUCAUAACACCACUCGAGUCCGUUUCUAUUGUUGGCAUCGAACAACUCAUCCCAAAACCACAUAAAUGUUCAAAAGGCGGGAAUUGCUCGAAGUGGAGAAAGCAACAACGAUUGAUAGAGAGUUUCAAAAACGAACACCCCGUCAGUCCAGAAGGUGGAGCAAUUUGGGUAGCAGGCGAUCCAGGAAAUGCUCUCACUGCAGACGCUGUCGACCAAGCCACUCGCCCAAUAUCAGACGCAGUUCCAUCCGUCGUUGCUUCAUCUGAUGUUCUCGGUCCUGGUCCACUUCCUCAAUUCAACCACUUGGAAGAAGCCAGCCUCCGAAAUGUUCAAUCUCGCGAUCCUCAAGACAAUGUCAAGCAGUUCAUCCAAUUCCAGCAUAUGGAUCCCCAUCGAACGAAAUUCUCGUCCGAGGAACCACCCACUCCCCCAUACGAGAUGUUCCCAAAGCUACAAGGACCACACACUGGACUUCGGGGACUUCCAAAACUUGCAAUCCCACCACCACGUCCUGAUCCAGCUCCCAGGUCAGCGAGUGCAAUUGCAUUCUCUCCAUACAGAAUGAACCGAGCAGAAGCCAUGUCACCAGAACUCCGCAACGUGACUCAAUCGCCAGCACACCUUUACCGCUUUGGAACACCUUUCUCAGAAAUGGACAUCCCAGUAACGUCAGUCAACCUUGGGCCGGUGGCACGAGAAGCCUCCCAAUCCGUUCCACCAAACAUGUCCUACCGCAACGCACCCACGCCGCCAAUACGAACACAAUCUCGCUCUUCAGUUCGUCGUCCAUCACUUUUACCCUCAAUGCCACGCGUAGACGAGUACACCCCCACCGCCAACGCACGCUGCACACCAAGCCAAAUACACACCGCCGGUCCUCCACCAAUGAACCAUGCCAACACAUGGUCUACACCCGUGACUGCCAUUCGAGCCAGCGAUGAUCUCGCUCACGCCGGAUGGAUGAGAAAACGCAAGACCAGAAUGCUCCGCCACGAGUGGCACGAACAUCACUUCACCCUCAAGGGCACCCGUCUCGCGAUGCACAAAGAUGCCUCGGCACUAGAAACCCUCGAGUACAUUGACGUAGACGACUACGCGAUCGCGUGUUCCUCGCUUGCGUCGGGCUCCAAACUCAACGCCGCAUUCAAAGCGAUGAACAUCUCUCGCGGCGAUAAGAACAAGAAGGAUGAAGCGGCCUUCAGUUUCCAACUUAUCCCCGCCGCCAUCGAGAAAGGUGUCCGUUUGCGAAAGCGCGAGAGCAUCAUGGCGGGGAGUUCGUUGGGUAACAAGGAAGAUGGGAAGGCGGCGGGAAACAAGACGCAUUAUUUUGCGGUGAAGAGUCGGGAUGAGAGGAUUGAUUGGAUGAGGGAGUUGAUGCUUGCCAAGGCUUUGAAGCAGAAGAAUGAGGGCUUUGAGGUGAAUGUUAAUGGGAAUAUGAUUUAAAUCAUUUCUCCAUCUUCCCUCCCCCUCGUUUCUUCCCCCUUGAUUUUACGUUUUCCUUGCAUCUUUUUAUCACGAAUUUCCUUUUUUUUCUUUUUCUUUUGCAUUUCUGUUUGUUUGUUUUCUCAUAGCGAUGCGGUGCGAGUUUGAUUUUGCCUAUUUUUGCUUAUCCCUUUUUUUAUAUAUACCAAACCAGUACGCGACGAGGAUGCGAAGCAGCGAAGCAGCGAAAAAGAGAGAGUUAAAUAUCCUAUCUAUCGAUCUAUCUAUUCUACGCACCUCUCCUCUCCUUAAUCUUCUCUUCAUCUCUAGUUCCCGUUUCGAACACGUUUUUUUCACUUGCGUUUUAGCGUCUGCGGGAUUGGCUUUCAAAGGUGUUUAUAAAGUUCGUCAUCCCUCUCGGGAAUUUUCUGCUUUUCUUGUUCUUACUCUUAUCUCACACUUAACGAUUUGCCAUGUUGAAAGGAAGGUUGUUUGGUGUAUUUACUUAUUUAUUUAUCUAUCUCUUUUUCUUUUUUGAUGAAAAGGGGAUAGGAAGGGAUGAGAAGGGUAAUAUAUACAUUUAGGUUAUUCUUAGUUAAAUCAGGGUUAUGGGUGGAAAAUUGAAAUUAUUUAUAUAUAUAUAUAUAUAG